CUCAAAGCCAAACAAGAAGUCCACAAAAACUCAAAGAUGCAAUGUCACAAAAAAUUUGUGAUUUGUUUUCAUUGCUCUUGCAGUAAGAUACUGGAUAGGGUGGUGUUUGUGGAGUAUGCUCUGAGGGAUGAUAGUGAUAGGGUCGAAAAUGAUGGUGGCAGUCCCAAAGAGGAGGGGGUCUUGCUAGAUCUCCCAGUCCAGGUUAUUGCAGGCGACCAAGUCCAUACUAUGGUUUUCCACGUAGUCCUGUGUAUGAUAGGUAUGGUGGACGGGACAGGUGAAGGAGUUGUGAUUAUUGCAGGAACAGGAGUCCUGAAUAUGGCAGAUUCCCUAGUCGUGCGAAGGUCGAUAGCUAAGAAGAUGUCUGGUUUGAAGGUAAGUAGUGGGGCUUCAGUGGCACAUUAUUACUACUUUCUUGACAUUAGGAUAGUGUGUGGUACAUUGUUAUUUACUUAAGAGUACUUUUCAGACUUAUGUGGAAUGGUCUGGUUUGGUUUGCCUGAUUGUUAUAUAUUCAUUAUGUUGUUAGAGAAACUGAAUUAAGACUGUUUAGAGUUGGAAUUAUUGAUUCAUAUUACUGAAGAGACGUCAUGAUAUGUAGAUCAGAAGAUCCAGUACUGUAUUAAUAUUUUGAUUUAUCAUUUGCUUACUGCUAUGAGCAUUGGUUCAGACUUCAAAUGCAAGCAUAUUCAAUACACCCUUAAGCACCCCACUCAUGACUCAGCUAAGGAUCAUUUUUAUUUCUCAAAAUUGAGAAGUACUGGAUUAAAACAUUUUACUCUAUCUUUAAAUCAUAUCUAAAGUGAGAUGUUUCCUUAUUCCAUUCAAUACAUUUAUAUUU